AUGGUCUGGUUGCACAGGAUUUUCGUGACCAAGCUCAACGAUGCCGUCAUGCGUCUUGAGCUGGAAGAAGCAGAAGUUUGCCAUCUGAAGGAGGUCAUAUCGGGACUCAAUAUUGACCUAGACAGCAGAGAUACCCCAGUUGUCAUGGCUCACGAAGCCAAGGUAGCUGCAGAGACUGCUCUGCAGCAACUCACCGACGAUCUGGCAACUCUUGGGGCUCGUCUUCAAUUCGACGUCUCCAGCGCUUGCCCUCUCACGCCCGAAGCCACCAGCCUUGCCGAGAAUGUCGCAAGUAUCCUCAUGGAGAGGGAAGAGAAAGUCCGAUCGGCAUGGGAUCGCAUGAGCAAGAUGUCUGCUGAAAUGGCAGCCAUCAAUGACAUUGAACGACUUGAAAAGGAGGUGCAGACCACCAAGGCUUUGUAUGUGGUAAGCACUCGACACAUUUGUAAACCUCUGUUAUCUCUCAGCUUUUGUCACUAUUGGGUAGUUGUGUCGAGUAACUAUGCAGACAACUCUUUAACUUGUGAUGUUUAUAUGAUGUGUGAGUUAUUUCAAAGUAGAUAA